GCAGCUGUCGACCGCGUCUGAGCUGUGGGUCUAACACAGACACGGAGACAUGGGCGCACUGUGAUUAUCUCCUCUUUCAUGAAAAACCUCAGCUGGAUUUCACUUCCCAACUACUCUGCAGUCUCAGCGGGACUUUUGGCACGUUUUCUCCCCCCUCAUGAGUGGCUAAGAGAGCAGUUUCCACAGACGAGCAUGCUCUUAUCAUUGUCUUUGUUUGAUAUGAGACAGGAUUAAGGAAGCCCGCUUUACUGAAAGGAGGCUAAUUUAGGCUCUAGCCCGAACUUUUUUUCUUUCGCGGGGCAGGGAUGUCUUCGGCUCCGGUGGAGUACAUUCAGCCCUGGUGGACCUACUGGCUGCACAAUUUCCCUCACAUUAACCUGAGGUUUCAGCCCAUUGACAACACCUUCCAGCCUGAAGACGAGAACUACCAGCAGUCUCUCAUAUUCCUGGGCUGUGUGGCAGCUGCGGGGCUUGGCCUUAACCUGCUCUGCUUGGCCAUCUACCUGAGCUGUCUCUGCUGCUGCCGCAAGGAGGAAGAGGAGGAGAGCAAGAGACCCAACUCCUGCUGCGUCACCUGGUCUGCUGUCGCUGCCGGACUCAUCACAUGCGUCGCAGUGGGUGUGGGUUUCUAUGGCAACAGUGAGACCAAUGACGGCGUGUACCAGUUGACCUACUCCUUGUACAAUGCCAAUCACACACUGGGCGGUGUGGACAGUCUGGUGACCGGAACCAUGGGCAGCAUGAAGAGCGGCCUGCAGAUGCACCUCGCAAGGUUGGACGAGAUCUUCGCCACGCGAGGCGACUACGUGCAGACCCUUCAGUUCAUGCAGCAGAUGGCGGACAACGUGAUCAAACAGCUGCUGGGACUGCCCGACUGGGAGAACGCUAAAGUGGACCUGGCAGCCAUCGCCGAUCAAACGGCACAAGUAGAAUACUACAGGUGGCUCAUGUACCUGCUGCUCCUCAUCGUGGACCUCAUCAUCUGCCUGCUGGCCUGUCUGGGGCUGGCCAAGCAGUCUCGCUGGCUGCUGACCACGAUGAUGGUGUUUGGAGUGCUGACGCUGAUCCUGAGCUGGACGUCUCUGGGAGCCGACCUGGCUACCGCUGUGGGCACGAGUGAUUUCUGUGAAUGUCCUGAUAAGUUCAUCCUGAGCCAAACAAAGAGUAUCAUCGGUGUUGAUAUCGUUCAUUACUACAUGUACUGCAACCAGACUCUCGCCAACCCGUUCCAGCAGCCUCUAACCAUCUUUCAGAGGUCCCUGACCACCAUGCAGAUCCAGAUCCAGGGCCUGCUGCAGUUUGCGGUGCCUCUCUUUCCUACAGCUGAGAGGGACCUGCUGGGUAUCCAGCGUUUGCUCAACUCCUCGGAGGCCAGUCUGCACCAGCUGACCGCCCUGCUGGACUGCAGGGGGCUCAACAAGGACUACCUGGAUGCGAUGGUGGGGGUGUGCUAUGACGGGGUGGAGGGUAUGCUCUACCUCUGCCUGUUCUCCGCCCUGGCAGCCUGUGCCUUCACUGUCAUGCUGUGUGCCAUUCCCCGGGCGUGGAGACAAAUGGCCUGCAGAGAACGAGAUUAUGACGACAUCGACGAAGAGGACCCAUUUAACCCCCGAAGGAGGAUAAGCUCUCAAAACCCCAACCUCACCAACAUGCACAGCUUCUGCAGCUACAGCAGCAGUAUGGGCAGCCAGAGCAGCCUGCACCGGCCCGCCCCGGCUUUAACCAACGCCCCCAUGUCUGAAUACAUGAACCACACAGCACUAUUUGGGGGAAAUCCACGGUACGAGAAUGUGCCUCUGAUAGGACGAGGCUCUCCACCCCCCUCGUACUCACCAAGUAUGAGGGCCACCUAUCUGUCCAUGACCGAGGAACAGAGAAGACACUUUGGGAACGACUUCCAAGCAUAGACUUCUUUAGCUGUCUGAGGAUGGAUACACCUUCACAUUCACAUUCACACACUGAACAGACAAAAUGGACAGUGUGUAACAUGUCGUUGGUCCAGGACGGUGCUGUGUCAGGACAAUGGAACCACAUCUGUACACUCACUAAUGAUUCAUCACCACUUCUGGUCUCAUUUGGAGGAACGUGCUAAAUAUGUCUGACGUGCUGUCAGCUUUACCUUGUCAUAACGUUGAGUUACUUUGCUUGACAACCUGAUUGGUGUCAUCUAUUAAGUUAAAUUUAUGAAUAAAAGGUGAGACAGCUAAGAUUUGACUCUUACUUUAGUACUUUAGUUUAUAUUUCAAGGAAAGCAGAUGAUUAAUGGCACAUCCAAGAGGUGAAAGACGCAAUUUUGAGGUAAAAUGUACUCACCUUUUUACAAUAAAAUCAAAAAUAGAAAGGCAAUUCAAAACUAGCUGUCUCUCCUGAUAGAACACAUUUUUCAAAAAUUCAAAUCCAGGCCUCCAAAGAGAAAAAUGCGAGCAUGACAGCUGGUGUAAACAUGGCAUAUUAUUUUCUACACUCUGCUAGGGGCUUUUUAUUUAUGAGGCACAAAGCCAGCAGUGGCAGCACUCAGCACACAGCAGGCGGAGGAGGCUUUGUUGAGGUAUAAUUUAUUUACAUUCACACACAGGCAUGCCUCGAGUGAAGCUUUGUGUUCCUGGAGAUGACACUACCCUGAGACCACGACUUCUGUAUAUAAAGUGUACAAUAACAGUCUCAUUCUGAUGUGGUUUAUUUUGAUUUUGUUUAAACAAUGUGCCAUUUUUAUAUUUUUUUUCUAGUUUUUUGUGACGAUGUCACAUAGGAUCACUGAUUUGUUUCUUGUAUUUUCUAAAGGGCAAAUAAUUCAUGUUUUAUGCAUAUCUAACCCUGCUAAUACAAAAGAAAAUGUAGUUUCUGUCAUAACUCGGGAAGCUGUGCUCCUCUAACAUUGAUUAAUUAGAAUAUUCAGGUAAUAUUUCUAUCAAUUCAAAGCAUCCAACAAGCUCAUGUUUGCAUUGACUAACAAUGAUUUUCUGUAGGGGUGUUAAAUACAUAAAAUUUUGUUUAUUAAUUAUUUUUUUAAGUGUAAUUUCUCUCAGCAUGAAACAUUGUACAGGCACUUUUUGUGGUGCUUAAUUUUGUGUGUGGCCUUGAACUAUAAGGUCUAACUGUGCGUUGAAUAAAUCAG